UUUUGUUUAAAACGAAAAAUCAAUCAGCACACACACCAUUCGCGGCCUCUCAAGUUUUUGGAGGUCACCUAUUUCUCUCUCGAAACGAAGGGGACCCCCAAAAGCGAAAACAUCCAUUGAAAGCGACACCUAUGGUCGUCGUUUCGGCGGUGGAAAUUAUUGAUCGAUAUACUGCUCGCAAAAAAAAAAAAAAUCCAAGGUUUGAUUUUUUGUUUCCUCGGAAUUAUAUGUUCAACAGUGAAAUUUAAUUAUUGUUAUUAUUAUUAUAUGCAUUCGUGAAAAACGUUGCGUGAAGAAUUCUUCUUCUCUCUCUUUAUAUUCUAUGCGUGUAUUGUAUGAUUUGUAUCCCUCUGUUUCAAACUUCAAAGCUGCGAUUUUGCGAGAUAUCGAGUUUUCCUUGUUGUUCAUUUGUUAGUUGGGAUUGGUUUUCCUGUUUUUGAUUUCAGAUCGUUUGAUUGCUUCGCUUUUCUCUUUGUGUUAGGCUACAAGGUUUUGUAGUUUUCCUGAUUUUUUUUGGUGAACUGGACAACAAUAUAAGAAAAUUGAGUUACAAAAUCGUAUAGGCCUUCUUUGAUUUUGCUUCAUCAAAUUGAGAGACUUGACUUUAUCAAAAUUAUUGAUAAAAGCUAGUUUCUUUGAAGGUUUCCCUUGAGAAAAGGUUGUAAGAUCUUUUGUAAGGACUCAAGAGUUUUGUCUGUUGUUAUUGCAUUCCAAAACUCAAUCUCCUUUAGAUAAUUGACAAAAAAGAGUUUGAAAAUGACGAUUGGAAGUCUUAAGCCUAGCAAAGCGAAGACAUCAAGGAAGAGCAAGCAACCACUCGUUGAUGAGAAAUCCCCAUUACUUCCCACCAAGCAUGGGGAAGAUAGUUUCGAUGAGUUCAAUGGGGCUUCUUUCAGCGGGGCGGUGUUUAAUUUGUCCACGACAAUUGUAGGUGCAGGAAUCAUGGCUUUGCCUGCCACCAUGAAGGUGUUGGGACUUAUCCCAGGGGUUGCUGCAAUCAUCUUUAUGGCAUUCUUGACUAAUGCCUCGAUUGAAUUCUUGCUUAGAUUUAGUCGAACAUCAAAGUCGGUUUCGUAUGGAGGUCUUAUGGAGGAUGCUUUUGGAAAUUGGGGCAGAAUCUUGAUUCAACUCUGUGUAUUAGUUAAUAACAUCGGCGUGCUUAUAGUUUACAUGAUCAUCAUAGGUGAUGUGCUUUCUGGAACCACAUCUGAUGGAAUUCACCACGCCGGUGUUCUGGAGGGUUGGUUUGGAGAACAGUGGUGGACUGGACGGUUUUUCGUUCUCGUUGUAACCACAGUUGCUGUAUUCGCGCCACUGGCUAGCUUGAAGAGAAUUGAUUCAUUGAGAUACACAUCUGCUUUAUCAGUUGCACUUGCUGUUAUCUUCCUUGUUAUUACUGUGGGAAUAACACUCUACAAGUUGAUAGAUGGAACUAUCCAAAUGCCUAGAUUGUUCCCAGAAGUUACAAAUCUGAUGUCGGUCCUCAAUCUUUUUACUGUAGUUCCUGUUCUCGUCACUGCAUACAUCUGCCAUUACAAUGUUCAUUCAAUAGACAAUGAGCUUGACGAUAACACAAAGAUAAAGGCAGUCGUCAGCAGUUCCCUUGCUCUCUGCUCAAGUGUGUACGUGAUGACUAGCAUCUUUGGAUUUCUCUUAUUCGGUGAUGGAACUCUUGAUGAUGUACUGGCCAACUUCUCCACUGACCUUGGAAUUCCAUUUGGAUCCGUGCUUAAUGAUGCUGUGCGCGUUAGCUAUGCAGCCCACUUGAUGCUUGUCUUCCCUAUUGUAUUUUAUCCAUUGCGGUUAAACUUAGAUGGUCUCAUGUUUCCCGUGGCAAGGCCUUUGACUACAGAUAAUAUGAGGUUUGCAUCACUCAGUAUUGGGCUCAUUGCUGUUAUCUUUGUCGCUGCAAAUUUCAUACCAAGCAUCUGGGACGCUUUCCAAUUUACUGGAGCAACUGCAGCUGUUCUAAUCGGUUUCAUCCUUCCUGCUGCCAUUACUCUCCGGGAUCGAUAUGGCAUAUCCAUGACGAGGGACAGGAUCUUAGCCGUUGUCAUGAUCAUCCUUGCCGUCUUCUCCAAUGUCAUAGCGAUAUACAGUGAUGCCUAUGCAUUGUUCAAGAACGGACCAGCUAGUCGAGAAUGAAGCAUCCACUGUUUGUCUGGCUCGACUUGGUAGAGAGGUAAUCCGGAUGAGACUCAUCUUAUUCGCAGGAAACGGUGUAUUAGAACUAUGCUCGGUCAAAUUCGACUUCGCCAUCAUCCUGCUCAACUUAGAUGUUGAGUUGCAUCUCUAGAAAUGUACAGAGUUGUUUGUGCAACCCUUCAUCUCCUACUCCUAUGCAAUUUGUUGUAUUUCAGUGUGAUAAUUUUGUUGCUGGGCUAAUAAUGUGUAUAAUAAACCAUGAAAAAUUGUAUGAAUAUGCCUCUAUUUUUGGUAAUGUAGUCGAAUGCAGUCUCCUUUUCUAUGGAGGCAGACAAUCGUCAGCUGUAUUUGGAAUUGGAACAUGUUUUCUUGGCUUUAAA